AUGACCCAGCCUUUGCAGCAGCGGGAGCCCCCCACCCGGACUCAUGCACCACUUCUCGAGCUCCCCGCUUCGCCUCGGAACCGGACAGCCCAGCCCGGGAACCGAGAGGCGGAAGAUACGGCGAGUCGCCCAGAGCCUGAGGCGCUAUCUGCGGACUCGACGAACGCCAUGCGAGCCCAGUUGCGCCUUGUUAGUCAACGUCUCGAUGAAGUACAACAGGAGGUUCGCAGGUCAAAGGGAGAGCUCGGGGCGGACGGACACCAAGGGUCCCCGUUCGCGCCCGAAAUACAAGAUCAAGUGAUUCCACCACACUUCCGGCUCCCUUCGUUGGACGCCUAUGACGGCGCCACUGACCCCGCGGACCACGUAGCCGCCUUUCGCGCCCAAAUGGCGCUAUACGGGACUUCUGAUGCCUUGAUGUGCAGGGCGUUCCCAACAACUUUGAGGGGGCCGGCCCGCGCUUGGUACAGCGGCCUGAAGACCGGGACCAUCACCUCCUUUGACCAGCUCGCCCGAAACUUCGAGCUCAACUUCCUGGCCUACACUCGACCAAAGCCGUCCGUGGCGAUGCUCCUCAGACUCAACCAAAGGGAGGACGAGCCCCUCUCCCAUUUUGUGAAUCGUUUUACGACGCAAAUCCGAGGGCUCUCGGACACUCACCCCUCUCUGUUGAUGCAGGCAUUCAUGAUAGGCCUGCGGCCUUCCAGGUUCUUCUGGUCUCUUGUGGAGCGACCCCCCACGACGGUACCCGAGAUGCUCCAGCGAGCAAGCCAGUUUAUCGUCGCCAAGACGUGGAUGGCUGGGAGGCAUGACGAGCACAAGAGGGUCAGGUCGGAGCCACCCCGACAGCAGCAACCCGCUGCACCACGGCGCAGGUUGGAUCGAUCUGACCCGCUGGCGCCAAGGCCCCCUCUCCCCACCUUAGGUUCGUCCCAAAUAGAGAUAUUCCUCCACAUAAGGGGGAAGGGACUACUCAAAGAUCCCCACCCGAUGAGGAGCCCACGAGAACUUGUAGACCGGUCAAAGUACUGUCGUUUCCACCGGCAGAAUGGGCAUGACACUGAGCAAUGUCGUGAGUUGAAAAGACAGAUCGAGGAGCUUAUUCGUAGAGGGCACCUCGGCCAGUACCUUCGGCAGGAAAAGGAACUUUCGUCGCGCCCGGAAGGUCUCGUCGAACAGCACAUCUGGUGGGAGCUCCAUGACCGGAAGGAUGGCGUACGCCCGAGCUGCCCCGGCUCGGGGGCAAUGAGCGUGAAUUCCAUCGGGAUACCGUAA